AUGUGGGCACGGAUCAAAGGACUGCGACGGACGACGGAUCUGCAAAAACUGCUCAACGAGAAAGCGGCAGCGGUGGCGGUUGCUCAAUUCGUCCACGACACGGGGAUGUUAGCUCAAUUCCGUGAUACGGAUCCCCAAGCAAUGGGCACAUAUGAAGAGGAGCAAGCACCGGCUGACGCCGAAUUGACCGAACGGAACACUGGCUUGGGAGAGCGAGCGAAUGCGCAAGCAGACGACGCGAGCACCAGGUCGGCUUGCUCGCCAAUAUUUACCAAUAAUGAAACUGACAAGAACUUUGGAUCAACGCGAUUGAAUGGACCAACCCGGGAAGCGCUGCAGGACGAGAACGGAGAUUUGAACGUACGGGUUGAUAGGGAGUCACACGUGGAGAGCAGACGAAUGAGAGCGGUAGAUUUGUGGAAUUGA